AUGUUCUGCACGAAGAAGCUCAACUGCUCUAAGGAGCUGCUGAUGAAUCAUAACCUGCAAGCGCUUGCCUCAGAGGACCCCCUGACGGAGAGCGAGAAGACGGCCAUGGAAACGCGAAUAGCGACCAGCAGCGGUAAGGCCAAUCUCAGAAGCUGGUGCCGGGCAUACCCGAUGUAUUCCACUUCGAUGCAGAAGUGCAUCGUGGAGAGCGAUUCUCGUGGAUACGGCCGGGAGAUGUUCAAGUCCCAGCAGAAGCUCAAGCUCACGAGUGCCGAUGCGAUCUACUGUUUCGUCUCCGGACACUGCAACAACACGCAGGUUACUGAAAAGACAACGAUGCAGGAAGCGGAAGGCAUCUGCAACAAGCUUUAUGGACAGAGGUGGACAGAACUCGGCUGGAAGGACUACAUGGCGGUGCUGGCACGUGCCCUCGAGGUUGCGACCAAGCACCACAUCCCCAAGGAGUGGAACUUUACCGGAUGGGGCUCUCUGGUCAAAAUCGCCCGUCAUGAGGCCGGGAUUUCAGCGAUGACUGCGUGUGCAAUGGGAAACUUCCAGUGCGACGUCACUUACUGCCAGAUGAACUAUUGCCACAACGACCGAUUCCGAGCAAAGUUCGGAAACUUCUCGUGGUCAGCACAAUCGCAAAGUGUCGAACCGAUUCUGGCUGUUGCGAACAGCAACAAAGCUGCACUUGCGGCCAUGGAAGCAGCACAUACACAUGACUUGCCGAUCCUUCCACACAGCCUGAUCGAUCCUGACCCACCACGUCAUCAGCAGGCGAUUCUUCCAAGGGACGAGGUCAAGUCGGCGAAUGGCACUGCUGUGAAGGCAUCAGAUCGUGGCCAGGCACGCGUUGCUGACAUCGAGCAAGAAGGUCUCGAAUCGGUCAGUGCUAUGCAGCUCUCCACGAGGUUUGCAUCGCACGAAGCUCCCGAGCUGCAGAUGCGACUGCACCAGGGGCUGGUCGAUCUCAGGGCCAACAUGGUGCUGAAACAGAUAGAGCUGCUGCAGAUGCUGGACCGGCAGCUGGAGGAAGCAAAGCAGGCCAACGUCACUGAGAGCGCUUCAAUUUCGGUGAAGCCUCAAAGUGAAAGCAUCUCGUUCCGGUCGAACUUUGGGACCCCGGUCGGCCCAGAGGAAUUGCAGACGUCUGCUGCGAAAGCGUCUGCGGAAAGGACACAGCAGAAACCUGCAGCACCGAAGAAGGCCUUGCGUGCGUCAACUGCGCCGGAGGAGACCGCCCGAGUAGUACAUCAAGCAGCCUCUCCGAGAAGACGGAGGAAGAGCUUCGCUGAAGAGGAUGAUGAGAACAAUCAGAAGCUGCAAAGAAGCUUGAAGAGCAGCGACGAGGAAUCCGUCAUCUUCGAGAAUAUUGUUCCCAGUGCGGCCAGUGCCUCUAAGACUCCAAGAAAGUCCAGGACGCUUGCCAGCGCAGCGUUGCCAUCCCUUUCGACCAAGCGCAGGCGCAUGUCGUGGUUCACGAAGCAGUCCGAAAGGGGAAGCAAGAUGCGAAACAUGCAGGUUACUGCGAAGCCUGAAGUCGCACGUCUUAGUACAGCUGAGAAGGAGUUGGCAGAAAAGGAGGGCCAACAUCAUUCUGCUGGCCUCUUCGGCAAGUACCACAAUGAGUACUCGGUUGCACAAGUCAGAAAGAAUUUCGAAGAUGGACUCGAGUGGGAUCGCAUGGACAGCCUGAGAGCUGAGAAUCGCUGCCUGGCGAUCGUCCGAAAUCCGUGGUUUGAGCGCCUGACGUUGUCCGUCAUCUUCUUGAAUGCCGUGGAAAUGGCAAUCAACGCAGAAUUCAGCGACUACACGGUGAUCACUGAAGCGGACCCAAUCUUCAUUGUAGCAGAAGUCUUGUUUUGCAUCUUCUUCUCUGUGGAGCUUGUCAUCAGAUAUGCCACCUAUAUUUCUACCUGCCAAGCAUUGAAAGAUGCGUGGUUCUCCUUCGACUUCUUGCUAGUGGUGCUUAUGAACUUCGAGACAUGGGUCUUUCCACUUCUGAGUGCGGUCGGGCAGGGCGGAGACACACUCAACACAGCGAAUGCUUUGCGCGUGGCGCGUGUGCUGCGAGUACUCCGAACAGCGCGCAUGGCUCGUCUAGUGAAGCUGAUGCCAGAGUUGAUGAUCCUCGUGAAGGGCAUGCUCGUGGCCUGCCGUUCAGUUUUCUUCACGCUGGUCUUGCUGCUCCUCAUCACCUUCGUCUUCAGCAUCACCUUCAUCGAGUUCAGCCGUGGCCAUCCAAACUUGGAGAAUGAGUACUUCUCGUCUAUGGGCACGUCUAUCAUGACGCUGAUCUUGAGAUGUGUGCUUCCAGAUCAGGAGGUCUUCAUCAACACCAUUUCCUCUGAAAGUUGGCCCCUGGCGGCGCUUCUAUUGCUGUUCAUUCUGCUUGGAUCAUUAACGGUGAUGAACAUGCUGUUGGGCGUCCUGGUAGAGGCUGUGAAAACUGUUUCGACGAUCGAGAGAGAGCAGCUGGACGCAGACUUUGCGAGAAAAGUUCUGUGGGAGCUCAUCGACAAGGAGGGAGAUGAGGAUGGGGACAACUUACUCUCCGAGAAGGAGUUCGUGAAUCUCUUGAAGAAGCCGAAGGCGGCCAGAGCCUUGAUGAGCUUGGGUGUGGAUGUGUCAGCCGCUUACGACUAUGGAAAGCUGCUUUUCGAGGAUGGCGAGAAGGCAUCAUUCGUGGAUUUCAUGCAAGCUAUGCUAACUCUUCGUGGCUCGAACAAGACCACAGUGAAGGAUAUUGUCGAGCUGCGCAAGUUCUUGUCUGAGGAGUUCCAUCAAGUCGAGACGUUGGUUUGUGAGCUCUGCAAUUUCCUCGGCGAGAUUAUGGAACCGACUUCCAAUUCGCAGUAUGCCACGCCAAGGCAAGAUAUUUCAGCUCUCUCAGAUGCUGGCACACCACACGCGUUUGGAUUCGAAGAAGGCGACGAGCUUUCAUGA